UGCAAUAUCUUUCACAAACACAACUCCUGACAAAAUUGUCUGACAAGCCGAACGGUAUCCGUUAUUUACCUUGUAGCGUCCUCUAAAGGCUCCAGCAACGACACAACACAAAAGCAACAGAUUAUCUAGAGGACAGCAUGGCAGCAUUCCUGUUAAAAUCAUUCAUGAUUCCGCACCUUGUACUGAUUGUUCCUGCGUUUUCGCUACUAUAUUUUGCACUCUCCCUACCGAGCGCCGAUGCCUUGGCAGCACGUGCAUCAUUCGACUGUUCUAUCAGUGAUACUUGGCAACGAAACAGCCUCCAUAUACAAGAAGAGCCAUCUUUGCAGAGACGGAGAUAUACUGCAGUGAAUUUAGCAACAGUAAAUGGCAGUGGGGAUGGAGCGAAUCAUUCGAACGAUCUCGACAACAACGAAAAUGAUGGUGUGGAGGUGGCUGGUUCUUCUUCCGCUGUCAGCACCAACAAUUCUGGUGUCACUCCAGCUUCGAAUGUGGGUUCCUUCGAUGAUGCCGUCCACAAUCGAUACGCCUGCACGAGAUACAAGCGAUACGAUGGAAUCUACGAUGGGUCCCGGAAUCCCUCUCCCUCCGAUCCCAGCGCGUUGAAACUGGCCGGGGAAGCCCUGGACCUAGCGUGCCGGGCACCGACGGGCUUCAACGUCCAGCCCUACAAACUGCUGAUUGUGACGUCCCCCGCAGCCAAGGAACGGCUGUCGAGGUUCUGUAUCGGGCGGAACAAGGACCGCGUGCUGGAUUCGGAUUGUUCCGUCGUGUUUCUGGCGGACCGGGAGGCGAUGCGGACCUGGAAGGACUACCGAUCGAUGCUGGUUGCAGCGGGGGAAGGCGGAGGCUCCUCCGGUGCCGACGGAGGUGGGCGCAGCAGCAACAAGUCACGGCUCGGCUGGCUGAAGCUUCGCGUCCUGGUGGCCCUGUUUUCGUCGGGCCUCCCGCUGCCCAAGGUGCUGGGGGGACCGGUUUCGUUUUUCGUCCGGCUUGCCAUGCGGAUGGUAUCGUGGGUGACUCGUUCCCGACUGGUGGUGCCGACCCUGAGCAGCCCCGAGUGCUGGUCGCAGAAAAACACCAUGCUGGUGGCCGCAACGUACAUGCUGGCGUGCUCGGCGCGGGGGCUGGACACGACGCCCAUGGAGGGGUACCUGUCGUGGGGGAUCCGCCAGUCCCUCGGGAUCCCGAGGCGGUAUACGAUUCCGCUCGUGGUGUCCACAGGGACCGCCAUUCCACUAGGUGCCGGCGAUGGCAAGAACGGCGCUGCUGCGGAAUCCGACGACGCCGGAAUGGGGCACGGAAACACACCGGAAACGAAAACCCCACGGUUUUCGAGGGAAGCCACAAUUUACGAAAACGCGUUCCCGUGAGCGAGCCAGUUUGCAGGAGCAAGUCCGCAAUCCACAGAAAUUUCUACACUAAUCGCAACCACAAUUUUGAAGAUAGAGCUCCACUAUGAUCAACAGAGCUGAUGAAUUUCUUUGCCUGGAAUAACAACCAACUUCGAAC